AUGUGGCAAGCUCAUGCAACAAUUUAUUCAAUGCAGGCUUCAGUUCUGAAAGAAGAAUUUAACAUUGAUUUGCGUGUAAUGGGCAUACUCGGUUCAAAGUCAAUGCUUCUCAGUGAUGCGGGUAUUGACUUAGCAAGCUGGAAAGAACUCCGGGAGGAAAGAGGAGAAGUGGCUAAUUUGGAAAAAUUUGUUCAGCACGUGCACGGAAAUCAUUUUAUUCCAAACACGGCAUUAGUAGACUGCACAGCUGAUCCUGUCAUUGCUGAAAAUUACUAUGAUUGGUUGCGCAAAGGAAUACAUGUAAUUACCCCCAAUAAGAAAGCUAAUUCAGGGCCACUGGAUCAGUAUCUCAAGUUAAGAGCUCUUCAGAGGCAAUCCUACACUCAUUACUUCUAUGAAGCUACUGUUGGAGCCGGUCUACCUAUAGUCAGCACUUUGCGUGGCCUCCUUGAAACUGGAGACAAAAUUUUGCAAAUUGAAGGCAUAUUCAGUGGGACUUUGAGUUACAUCUUUAAUAACUUCAAAGAUGGCCGGGUUUUUAGCGAGGUAGUUGGUGAAGCAAAGGAAGCUGGUUAUACUGAGCCUGAUCCAAGGGAGGAUCUGUCUGGAACAGAUGUUGCUAGAAAGGUGAUAAUUCUGGCAAGAGAAUCUGGUUUAAAGCUAGAACUGUCUAAUAUUCCAGUUGAAAGUCUAGUGCCAGAACCACUGCGAGUGUGUGCAUCUGCUCAGGAGUUCAUGCAACAGCUACCAAAAUUUGACCCGGAGUUUGCAAAGAAACAAGAAGAUGCUGAGAAUGCCGGGGAAGUAUUGAGAUACGUGGGAGUGGUGGAUGUGACUAAUAAAAAAGGAUUUGUAGAGCUGCGAAGUUACAAGAAGGAUCAUCCGUUUGCACAAUUGUCUGGGUCCGAUAAUAUAAUUGCAUUCACAACAAGAAGGUAUAAGAAUCAACCUCUGAUAGUUCGCGGUCCAGGAGCUGGUGCUCAAGUCACAGCGGGUGGAAUAUUUAGUGAUAUUUUACGACUUGCUUCAUAUCUAGGCGCUCCAUCAUAA